AUGUCGUUCCCGCCCCGCCCCCCAAUGGUGCCAUACGGGAUUGCACCAGGAGUCGUCACCAUGCCCAUGGCUACACAUGUGAUGGUGGGGGCUUACGGCGGAAGUACAAUAAGCACAGGGGCAGGUCGCGGAGCCUUGUUGCCGGCGCCCUUGCCCGCUAAACAGCCGCCGCCACCGCGGCCUGUGCUCCGACAGACCAACGGCAAGGAGCCCGAGGGUCCCGCUGUCACCGUGUUCAUAGGCAACAUAAGCAGCCGGGUGCCGGACACAAUGAUACGCGCACUUUUAUCGGCUUGCGGGCCGGUGCUCAGCUGGAAGCGAGUGUCCACGUUUGGCUUCUGUGAGUUCGCGGGGCCCGAAGCAGCGCUUCGUUGUGUUCGUUUGUUGCACGAGUUUGCACUCGCAGACAAGAAGUUGCUCGCCAGGACAGACGGGAAGAUGCAGGCGCUUGUGGAUACCUACAAGACGGAGCAGCGGUCGCGGCUGACCGGCGAGGAGGCGCCGGGCGGGGGGCGGGGCUGGUGGGGGCGGGACUGGUGGUGGGGAGGCCGGCGCGGAGGGGGAGGGCUACCUGGACGCGGCGCAGCGCGCGCUGGACGAGGCGGCGCAGCGCCGGCUGGCCGAGAUCAUGCGCGACCACCAGGACGAGAUCAACAACUACGAGCUCAUGCAGAAAGAGGAAGCAAUAUCGAAGACGGCUCGCGUGUUAGAGGAGGCCGAUAUAUCUGA